AUGGCGGCCUCCCGACCUGGUGACCAUCUAGGGUGGAAUGAGAGUAUUCAUCAAAUACUUCUGGAAGCGCAAAACCGGUGGCUGCGGCCUGCAGAAAUCUGUGAAAUUCUGCGCAACCAUGACAAGUUCCGUAUUGCCCCAGAGCCCCAAAACAGGCCACCAAGUGGUUCGCUUUUCCUGUUUGACCGCAAGGUACUGAGAUACUUCAGAAAAGAUGGGCAUAACUGGAGGAAGAAAAGGGAUGGGAAGACUGUAAAGGAAGCUCAUGAGAGGCUCAAGUCUGGCAGUAUUGAUGUGCUGCACUGCUAUUAUGCACAUGGAGAAGGAAACGAGAAUUUUCAAAGAAGAACAUAUUGGAUGCUUGAAGAGGAACAAUCACGCAUAGUUCUUGUCCACUAUCGAGAAGUAAAGCAGGGGACUAGUAGGGCGAGCUUCUACCGUGUCAAAGACACUGCAGAGGCUAUUUCACACUCCCCAAACACAGACAACGGUGUAGGACAGAAUUCUGAGAUGGACACUUCUGUUUCAUCCAACUAUCACUCUAACAGCUACCAAAUGCCUACACAGACAACUGAAGACACAAUAAGCAUGGCCAGUGGCAAAGCUUCAGAAUACGAGGAUGUAGAAUCAGUGUACAAUCACCCGGCAUGUUCUGGAUUCGAUGCUAUUUUUCAGGGCCAACAGUCUAAUCCGUGCCUAAAUGUGUCUUGUUCGGGUGAUAAUACAGGGAAGUUGCCCGCUGUUUCCUCCUCGUUUGCUCAAAUCGGUGAGCUCAAAGAUGUUAAUGGUACUGGAUCAGAAUUUGAGUCACGAAGUCGAGUUGCAUUAUCAUCAUGGGACUUCGGAAACAGUAGUUAUGGAAUUGAGCACCUGCCAAAUGACUUCCCAUCUCCAAUACAAGCUGAUAUCGUGCCCAUUAAUCCCAGACAAGGAGAUAUGUUACUGGGGAACCUGUUUUUGAGUAGCUUUGGUAAAAGGCAGGAGUCUGCAACUCAUGUGGCAAUCCAAGAGCAAUGGCAGAAGGUACCAGAUGCACACCAUAGGGUGAUGCCUGAGAAAGAAUCUGGCCAUGGUUCUUUCAUGAAGCAUCACAUGUUGGAUGUUUCUGUGGUUGAAGACAGUCUGAAAAAGCUCGAUAGCUUUAACCGUUGGAUGAGUAAAGAACUUGGAGAUGUAGUAAACGAGUCACCUGCUCAAUCCACUUCUGCUACAUAUUGGCAAAGUGUAGAAAGUGAAGAUGGAAUUGAAAAUUCCAGUGUUCUGUCUCAAUCACACUUGGACCCGUAUUUGAUGACUCCAUCCCUCGCCAAUGACCAGCUUUUCACCAUCGUUGAUUUCUCACCGAACUGGGCAUACGUUGGCACAGAAGUGAAGGUCUUGAUCACAGGAAGAUUCUUGAAGAGCCAAGAAGACCUAGAAAACUGCAAAUGGUCAUGUAUGUUUGGAGAAGUCGAAGUUCCAGCUGAGAUUAUUGCAGAUGGUGUUCUCCGUUGCUAUAACCCUUUGCUCAAGGCUGGGAGAAUCCCAUUCUACAUCACUUGCUCGAACAGGAUAGCAUGCAGCGAAGUACGUGAAUUUGAAUUCCGUGUCAGCAUUGUCCAUGAUGUGGGCCCUGCCGACACUAACAACACUACUGAAAACCUCGAGAUGAGAUUUGAAAAGCUGUUAUGCCUGAGUCCAGUUUCCCCUCCGAAGCUCGAUGCAAGCACUUUAGGUGAAAAUGAAAUUUCCCAGUUGGGCAGUAAACUCAGAUUGUUGCUGAAAGAAGAAGGUGAUGAAUGGGAUUUGAUGGUGAGGUCGAUUUCAGAGGCACAGUUUUCAGCUCAGAAAGUGAAGGACCAGCUUCUUCAGAAACUGUUGAAGGAUAAACUGCAUGAUUGGCUGUUGCAGAAGGUAACCGAAGGUGGGAAGGGUGCAAGUGUAUUGGACGAAGGUGGACAAGGGGUGCUGCAUUUGGCAGCUGCUCUGGGAUUUGAUUGGGCCCUUGAGCCUACGAUCGUUUCUGGUGUGAGAGUCGAUUUCCGGGAUGUCAAUGGGUGGACUGCACUUCAUUGGGCUGCUUGUUGUGGCAGGGAGCGGACAGUUGCUUCUCUAUUACAUCUUGGAGCAGCACCCGGAGCACUGACAGAUCCCACUCCCGGAAACCCUACAAGUAGAACGCCAGCCGACUUGGCCUCUGCAAACGGUCACAAAGGGAUCGCUGGUUUCCUUGCUGAAUCUGCUUUGACUUCACACUUCACUACGCUCGCUCUGGACAAGCAGCAGGGAGGUAAUAAUGGUGGUCACAUCGGCUCUGCUGCAAAUAAUGUUCAACCUGUCCCAGGACCUUGGGCGACACCAGACGACAAUAAAGGACAGUCCUUGAAAGAGUCGCUAGAUGCUCUGAGCAAUGCCACUCAAGCUGCUGCUCGUAUUCACCAAGUGUUCAGACUGCAGUCAUUUCAAAGAAAGCAGCUAAAAGAGCGGGGUGGUGGGAAGCUAAGAAUAUCAGACGAAGAAGCACUUUCCUUCAUCAAAGUGAAGGGAACCAACAAGAAGCCUGACGAGCCAGUGUGGGCUGCUGCAGUGAGGAUUCAGAACAAGUUCCGGAGUUGGAAAGGCCGGAGAGAGUUCUUGGUUAUCCGGCAACAAAUUGUUAAGAUUCAGGCCCUCGUAAGAGGACACCAGGUGAGGAAGAACUACAAGAAGAUCAUAUGGUCAGUGGGGAUCGUGGAGAAGGUGAUACUUCGAUGGAGAAGGAAGAGAAGCGGUCUCCGUGGAUUCAAGCCCGAUUCCCUUACUGAAGGUCAAAGCAUAAGCGUUCAGCAACAUUCAUCACCAAGGGAAGAUGAUUACGAUUUUUUUAAAGAAGGAAGGAAGCAAACUGAAGAAAGAUCAAAGAUUGCUCUUGCGAGGGUUAAGUCUAUGGUUCAGUAUCCAGAAGCCAGAGACCAAUAUCACAGGCUUCGAAACGUAGUCACAGAGAUCAAGGAGACAAAGUCUGCUCAAAGUUCUGAAGCAGCAAGGUCCGAUUUUGAUGACCUUGUUGAUCUCGAAUCACUGUUGGAUGAAGAUAUUUUCAUGCCAACUGUUUAG